AAAUACAAAUUAAAUAUUAGUAAAUCAACUUCGUACGUGGAAUAAAAAUUUAAAACAAAUAUUACAGCAUUUUUGUGUUUAGAUAUCUUUUCUUCAAAUACAAGAUUAAAUAAACUCUCGUACGGUAUCACCGUGACCUUACGUACUUAGUUCUUGACCAAGAUGACUAGAAAUACGUCUUGUUCUUGGUACUUGAAUAUUUCAUUCAACAGCUGAUAUGGUAUUGAAGUUGAUGAGAGAAAAAAAUAUCGCUAUUGAAAUUUGUCCAAUAUCAAACCAAGUUUUGGGCGCGGUCAAGUAAAGGAUCUCCGCAAUCAUACAGCAAAUAUAUUAUUUUCUCAUCACUCAAAAAUUAUUUUUAUAAACAAUUUAAAAUGUAAAAUUUGUUUUUUGAGUAAUUUUUAGUUUAUUAAUAUAAUUAAUUGAGUUUAUAGAAGUUGGUGAGCUGAUUGUUUAUUUUAUUUAUAUUAAUUUUUUGUUUUUUAAUUUUUAUACUGUAAACCUUAUCUUAAAGUGACAAGAGACCAACAAAUAUGCAUAAUUGAAAUUGUAAAACAAAUAUUAUAAAGUCAGCGUCAAUAUCUUUAUUUUUUUUCACAACUUUUACAGCUUUAUUUAAUUUUCAUGUCACUGACACUCAAGCACUUAUAUAAAACGUCAAUAAACAUAUAAAUUAAAUGAUAGAAACACAAUGAAUACAAUGCGUUAAAGUUAAAUAAAAUAAUCUAUAUUUAUACCAGCAUUAUGAUUUUAAUUUUAUAACUUUCAUUGUUAUUUUUGUCUGAAUGACUGUCUUGAUACCCGUAUAUUCAAUCUAAAUUAGAAUACCAAGUAAAUCUUCUUAGUAUUUGUGAUUAGUACUCGUAAUAAAUUCUAAGACUUUUUUGUUCAACUAUCUUUUCAUUGAGUUGUAACGAUAAAAAGAUUAAACAAUCUCAAGUGCGUCAGUUUAAUGAGCUCGAAUCUUGACCCUUGGAUAUCUACUCAGUUAACAUUUGAUCAUCAACAAAGACAGACUUGUUAACACAGUGACAACAAAUUUCUUUAUAUUUAAAAACAAUUUUUUUAAUUAUUUACAAACAUAACUUGUUAUUAUUAUUAACAUUAUUUUAACUGUUAAAUAAUAAUCUGACCCAAGUGUAAAAUCAAGGUGUACAUCUCCUUUGAAUAUAUAUAAAUGGAAUCAUCUUUAAAAAAAUUAUAUCGUUUUAUUAAUUUGUAUUAAUUGUUUUGCUGUUGAUGAUUGCAAUAUUCAGUUGAAAAUAGUUCAAGUUAUUUGUGUAUAUUGAAUAAACAUCGUGCAAACGUCCUGGUCCAUCAUCAUACUUUUAACUUGAUCAUAAUUAGUACAUUUUGGUAAAAAUUAUCAUCAUAAUAUCAUCAUCAUUAUCAUCACCAACAACAAAACAGUUAAUUUUGAUUUGUAAAAAAACCAGUUUUUGAUAAUGUUUACAUCUUUAUCAAACGUCAUCAAGCUCAUGGUGACGAUGAAAUUGAUAAUUUUAUCAUCAGCUCUCCCAGCUGAUAACUAUUGGAAUAAUCGUGCUGCUAUUCUUCAUGAAGAGGAGGUUCUUUCACUCGGUGGAAAUUUGACAUUUUUACCUGGUGAACGCUCAGCUAAUAAUAUUCUUAUGACAUUAAAAAAAAAAGAAAUUGAUGAAGGCUUUGUAAAACCAUCAAAAUUUUUGGCAUCUAAUAAUUUCAUUAAAGCCAAAAAUGAAAUUGAAAAAUCUGAUGUUUUUAAAAUUAUCAAACGAAUGCCAAAAGGUGCUGUACUUCAUUCACAUGAUACUGCUAUUGUUUCAGUUGACUGGGUUUACAAUGUAACUUUUCUAGAUAAUUUGUAUGUUUGUGAUUCAAAUGAUAAAUUAUUAUUGCAUUUUUUUGAUGAACCAAAAAAUGAUUGUGACUGGAAAUUACUGAGUGAUCUACGCAAAAAUACCGAGCUACUUGGUGAUUUAGAUGAAAGAAUUUUUCAAAAAAUGACAAUGGUAGUUGAUGAUCCUGAUAUGGCUUAUGCAGAUGUUGAUACAGCUUGGACAAAAUUUAUGGAUGUAUUUAUUUUUAUUGAGCCUUUGCUAACUUACAGACCAGUGUAUGAAGCACAUUAUUACGAGGGACUUAGACAACUGCAUGAAGACAAUGUCAUGUAUCUGGAAUUGAGAUCAUUGCUUCCGACACUUUAUGAGCUCGAUGGCACCACGUACACACCACUUGAACUUUGUGAAAUUUACAAAAAUGUUACAGACAAAUUUAAACUUGAUUAUCCUGAUUUCAUUGGAGCAAAGUUAAUUUAUGCACCAUUACGUUUUAUGAGUAUUGAUGAACUAAAAAAUGCUAUAAAUGAAACCAACAAGAUGAAGUUAAAAUUUCCAGAUUUUUUUGCUGGUUUUGAUCUUGUUGGUCAAGAGGACAAAGGAAUUCCUCUAAUUACAUAUGCUGAUGAGCUGAAAAAAAUGAGUAAUGAUAUUGAAAUGUAUUUUCAUGCUGGAGAAACAAAUUGGUAUGGUGCUAGCAUUGAUGAAAAUUUGCUUGAUGCUGUAUUGCUUGGUGCUAAACGAAUUGGACAUGGUUUUGCUAUUGUAAAACAUCCCAAGGUAUUGAAGAUGAUGAGAGAAAAAAAUAUUGCUAUUGAAAUUUGUCCAAUAUCAAAUCAAGUACUGGGCUUGGUCAAGGAUCUUCGUAAUCAUCCAGCAAAUAUAUUAUUUUCCGAGGGAUAUCCUGUUGUUGUAUCCAAUGAUGAUCCAGGUAUCUGGGGUGGCAAGGCUCUCAGUUAUGAUUUUUAUGAAGCAUUCAUGAGUCUUAUGUCUCGAAAUGCUGAUAUUCGUGCACUCAAACAACUUGCUAUGAAUUCAAUCACUUACAGUUCUCUCAAUGAAGACGACAAAAUAAAAGCAAUGGAUCUAUUCAAUCAAAAAUGGCUAGUUUUUGUUGAUGAACUCAAUAGUUAAAUUUAAUAUCUAGUACUCAAUAAACACUAUUUUUAAUAUAUUAUUUUAUAUUACCAAUUAAAAUUAUGAUUGACGAGAUGACUUGAGAUUAUUA